AGAAGAAAUAGCUAUCCAUAUUUAAAUAAAACUGGCGCCUAUUUGACGCUGCUGCUCCUAACCACAACAUGUUCCUUGUGCGCUGUGGCCACCGCAACCACGUCAAAUACUGCAACCCCAGCAUCAACUGCAACCGCUGCCGCUGCCUCUGCCUCUGCCUUGACUAGCGGUAGCGUCAGCGCCUUUGUGUUGCCCAGUUCACCGUGUGCGCCGCAGCAUUGGUGGGAUCAGGUGCAGGACAAGUGUACGCCAUGCACCAGCUGCCAGGGCGAGAUGAUUCCGCUGCGCCCCUGCCAGCUGCACAUCGAUACCGUUUGCGGCUCCAUCUACGACCUGAAAAUCGAUUGGGUGGUGCUGGCCAAAACGGAGCCAAACUGGAAAGAGCGCCGAAAGUCAUCGGAAUAUGAGCAUUUCGAUCAGGCAACGCCGCUGCAGCACUUGAGCCACGAGCAGCUGCAGCAGCUGCAUGAGGAGGCAGCCGCUGCCCUGUCCCUCGACUGGCAGACAUGCGCCCUCUUCAUCGCAAUGCUCGCCUGCCUGCUCUUCUUCACGGUGGCCGCCUGCAUACUCAUCCAUCAUAUGCGCCAGUGGCGCCGCAUGGAGCGCCGUUUGGAUCAAGAUGUAGAAGAGUUGUCCACGAAACUGAUGGCCAAGCUGGCCGAGGUGCAGAGUCUGGAUGGUGGCACCUUCUUCAUAGGCAAUGCGGAUGCGUUGCGUGGUCUGCCUGCCUCGGCCAUGACGGCGGCGGCGGCGUCGGCGUCUGCGCAGUCGGGCAUCUUUCAGCCGCAACAUGUGCUGCUGCCUGUGGAGAAGCAUGCCAAGCAUCAGGAGCGACGCAUUCUAAAAACGCUGCAACCGGGCAACGUGUACAUCGAGGAGAACAACGGAAUCGGUACCGGAGGCGGAGUUGGACUUCUGGCCGGCUCGAAGGGCUGAAACUCAAGUUCUGGCCAGCAGCUAAUGCAUUUUUUGUUAACAACCUAAGUGUACAUUUACGUCUGGUACCACUUAUACAAGGCAUAAGAGCAGCAGCAGCAGCUGCAACAACAACAACAACAACAACAACAACAACAA